AUGGGGGCCUCUGUGACCAGGGCCGGGCUCCUCCUGGCACUAGAACUAGCCCUCCUGGAUCCGGCAGGCUGCCUCCAGCACCGUCCUGGCUGGCGCUUCUCCUCUUUCGAAGUGGUGAUUCCCCGCCAGCUAAGCAGUCGAAAAGCCCUCCGAAGAUUGAGCAGCACCCUCUCUGAUGUGCCCGGGCGGCUCUCCUACUCGCUGCGCUUUGGUGGCAAGAGGUACGUGAUCCAUAUGCGGGUCAAGAAGUUCCUGUUGCCCAGACACCUCCCGGUCCUAGUGGACAAUAAGCAAGGAGCUCCCCAAGAGGAGUAUCCGUAUAUCCCGAAUGACUGUUACUACCAUGGCUACUUGGAAGGAAUCCCCGCAUCCAUGGCUGUCUUGAAUACCUGCCAAGGCGGUCUCCGAGGGACUCUGCAUUUCGAUGACUUCACCUAUGAAAUCGAGCCUCUCCACAGUUCUACCCAGUUUGAACACGUGCUAUCCCAACUCGUGCCGGAAGAAGGGGAGGCUGGGCAGGGUCUCUUUCGCUGCAGUUUAACCAAUGACAAAAUCGAGGAACAGCUUUCCAACUCGGAGAUUGGUCUUCGUCCUCGAGCAGGUCCCUAUAGCCAUUGGUGGCCACAUAUCCGUUAUUUGAAAAUUGCGAUUUGCGUUAGCAACUCUAGAGUGCAAACUCAUAACAGGAAUCUCACUAUUCACACUGAGCAAAUGGUGACUUUGACCCAUAUAGUUGAUUCCAUUUAUAAGCAAUUUCGGGUUUUUACAGUUCUGGUUUUUCUAUAUCUUUGGCAAUACUCGGAUAAAGUACCACUAGUGGGUUCUUCAUCUGAAAUAGCAGAACAUUAUGGAUUAUGGAAAAAUUUAGUGCUCUCUCACAACUUUCCGCACGAUACUUCGGCCCUCAUUACUGGAAACAAGGCAGGGGAAACUGGUUAUGCUGCUUUUCCAAACUCAAUCUGCAAUGGCAACUGGGCAGCAAUACUAUUGUGGCUUCAGGAUGAUAGGGUAUUUUAUUAUUCAGUAAUCUUGGCACAUUAUAUAGGUCACAACUUAGGCCUGCCUCAUGAUCAGACUUACUGUCAUUGUAUCGGAAGGUCACACUGUCUUAUGGAAGACCAGCCAGUCUUUUCUGAUUCUCUCAGUAAUUGCAGUUAUGGACGGUUUUUUGAUUUAGUUAAUUAUUGGGAUCAAUGUUUAAACAAAGCUCCAAAGAUAUAUGAUAAUUAUGCUUAUUCAUUUCGACUUUGUGGUAACAAGAAAAUAGACUUCACGGAACAGUGUGACUGUGGUUCGAUUAAAGAAUGUUUAGCUGAUCCAUGUUGUGACCUGAGGUGUGAGCGGACCCCUGGUUCUGUAUGUAGUUUUGGAGCAUGCUGUGAAGACUGUCAAUUUAGUACUAUAGGCUUGCUUUGUCGACGUGCAGAGAGCACCUGUGACCUUCCAGAGUUCUGCAAUGGAAGUGGAGCCUUCUGCCCUGUGGAUACCUAUGUUCAAGACGGAACACCAUGUACUCCAAACGCCAUUUGUUAUGCAGGGAAUUGUACUGACCGAAACAUACAAUGCAGAGAAAUGUUUGGUUAUGAUGGAAUUGAAAAGGCAAAUGACGCAUGUUAUGAACAGUUAAAUAUAAAAGGAGAUAGAUUUGGAAACUGUGGAGCUGAGCCUGAAAGGAACAAUGAUUCUAGUGGAGCAAAAGAAAUAAAAUAUAUUACUGUGCCAUGUCGACAAUCAACUGUCUUGUGUGGAAGGCUGCAAUGUGAAGGUUUGAAGAGAGUGCCAAGAUUAAAUGAGCAUAUUACAAUUCACCAAUUAGUAGUAAAGAAGAAUAAAGAGGAUUAUGUCUGUUUUGGGACAGAUUAUCACUUUGGGACCGGGUGGGUAGAUUUUGGAAUGGUGUGGGAUGGGUCAAAGUGUACCAAAACCACAAUGUGCUUGAAUCAGAUGUGUGUUCCUAUAGCUCAGUUGCAUUUUGACUGUAGUCCUGAAAAGUGUAAUUAUAGAGGUGUUUGCAACAACAAUAGGAAUUGUCAUUGCCAGUAUGGCUGGUCUCCACCAUUUUGUACUCUGUUGGGUUAUGGUGGAAGUUUAGACAGUGGACCAACUGAAAAUGAUGACACUGAUUAUGUCCUUUUCGCAAUUUUGAUUUUUAUCCUUAUUCGCAUAAUUUUUUUCAUGCUGUCAUUCAGCUUUGCAGUUAUCACAUAUAUCCGAAGAACUAAGAAAAGUACCACCACAGGCUUUUAG